AGAGGUGCCGGGUCUGGCCUGCUCGCCUAGGCGAGGUGAGGCGGCGGCGGCCUGAGCCGCAGCACUCGGCCCGCACAGAGACUGGGGCGGCGGCCAACAAGGAAGAUGGCCAGCAGAAGCCAAGUAGUGACAAGAGGCGGCAUCCGCGGGCAUGACCUAAGGAAGCAGGGGACCCGACUUUAGGGGCAAGCGGUGGAGGCGGGUCUGGCGGCCAUGAAGCAGAGCGACGGCAUCAGUGGGCAUGGCCUGGAGGCCAAAGGGGGUAAGCCUGCACAAGGGGUGAGGGAGACAAAAGGCGGGAAGACGUGCAAGAUGGAGCCAGUAGGGGGACACGUGACAGAGGAGAUGGUUAAGAGGGCAAAAUAGUAAACAUGGAGACUGAGGGACAUUUGCUGACAUUUGCUGAUGAAAAUCUACACAUAGACAAAGAAAAAGAGACCAUGGAGAGACAACAUCAUCUGAGGAAGAGCAAGAAAAGACAAAAUUAUAUUGCCUAUGAUGAAAAAAAAAAAAGGAAAGAGAAGAUGAAUCCAAGGAAGAAGCAGAGAGAAGAAAAGAAGGAAGAAAUCAAAAGGACAGACAACGAAGAGCAGAAAAGAGAAGAAAAAAUCAGACAGCUGAAAGAAAAAUGCCCUCAAAGACAACAGAAGCAAACAAAGAAGAUGCCAACAUUGAGCAGAAAAGACUAAGCAAAAACCAAAGACACUGAAAUAUUUGACAAUAACCAAGAAGAAACAGACAGAGAACAGCAGAACAACAAAACACGCUGACAGCUGGGGACCAGGAACAAAAAUAUAACCCUGGUGAAAACAUAAACUGCAAGUGGCACAAGUAACAAAAACAACCACAAACUUCACCCAAACUUCUCUACCAAAAAAAAAAAAAAAAAAAAGUUACACAGACACAAGACCAAAAUGCACACUAUACAAACAAAACUGCCACAAACAAACCCAUAAUAGAGAACAUAGAAAAACCAACAUAAAACACCAAACAAGAAGAAAGAGCAACACCACUGCCCAAAGAAAACAAAAACAAAAAACCAUGAAAAUGCAAAGACCACCUGACCAAAAAAACCCAAAACAUCCUAGCUACAACAGGAGCAGCAAUGAAGAAAUUACUGCAGAUAACACAGACACAAAAAACACAAAUGGAAAACAACAAUAACCAACAAUAAUGACUAUACACUAACAGGCAAAGACAUACCAAAACCCAAGUCAAAAACAAGUAAGAAAGAUGCAACCCCCCCCCAAAAAAAACAACAAGAAGAAGCACAACAACAACAACAACAACAAAACCAGCCCAGCUACUUGAAACAUCCAACCCCCACCACACACAAAAAAUUCCAAAGACAACGAUCACUGAUACACAUAAAGAACUGCAAAAACAGAAAGAAUACACAUGAGAGAAUAAAGAAACAACUGAACAACCAGCCAGAUUCACACAACACAACUCCAAAAAGUAAGAAAACUACCGCACAGAAGCUCUGUGCGGGUUCAGCUAGUAGAACAAAUUAGUCUAUCUUUCACUGCUUUGAUGGCACUUAAUCAAUCAAUUACCAAUAAGCUUAUACCCCCGAAAGCACCCUGCUCUUCAGAUAUGCAGUCCGGCACAGCUCCAUUCAACCAAAGUAAUACAUUUUGCGUAACUUUCCCUUGCCAUUGUUGGCCAAGAUUCACUCUGCCAGACUAUACUCAAGUAGCAAUAUACACCUUUGUCAUUUAUGGAAUCUGCCGCCUCCAGGGUCUGUAGAAUGGCUCAGAAUCUGCCCCAGGGAACGUUUUGAGGUAUAAGUUUAAUUUAACAUCCAUGGACCCUCCAAAUGAGUGGCAGCUUUCACUCCUAACCCCCUUUCUCUUCCCCAUCUCAUCUUCCUUCUUGCAAGGAAAUCUGCAAGAGCAACCAAUGCACCACCAGACCAAGGAUAGGUAAACAAACCUCUUACCUCUCUGAGAAGUCUCUUCACCCCAUUCUUUUUCCCUCCUUCCCCGCCUCUAAGCACUUUCCAUUGAAAGCCUUAAGGCCAGGUUCUGGUGUAAGCAACUUAGCCAAGCUGAUCUACCUUCAAUUUGGACUUUAAGCUACAUUGUUUUCAGCAAGAUUCUCGUUUAGAAUGUAAACUAAGAUUUUAUUUUCUCCCUAAGUAACUUUUGCCUUC